AUGAACAGUGCGGCCCCUGCUUCUAAACACCCUGCUUUUGUCUCCAGGUGUAAUGCGGUCUGGGGCCCAGGGACUCCCAGGACGACAACCCCCAAGGUCUCUGGAAUGCUGGAAGUGGUUGGACCAGAUGAUGGAUUUAUUCUAGAAGCCUGCUUGACAAUGUCAAGGCAGAACUGUUUAGAAAGGACAGAUGCCAUAAAGGACCAAGAGAAUGGACAAAAUGGCAGAUUACAUGUGUUUGGUCCAAAAGAAGAAGUGAUUAUUGAACCAAUUCAAACAAUGCCACGCACUGAGCUUUAUUACAGGCAGUUAAUUGAAUGGAGUAUGUGUAGAAGAACAGGGGAAUAUUCUCAACAUGGAUGGGGAACUAAUCCGCAUGGAUUUGGACCAGAAUCUACAAACAAAGUUUAUACCCCAACAAAACAAAUCUCAUUAUGUGCAGCUAAAUCAACUUUUGAAAAAUGGGCCGCUUCUGCAAAAACUAUAAAAAAGAAAAAUUCGUCUAGGAUUCAAGAGACUAAUUUAAGAUCACCCCAGUACAUACAAGAAACUACAGAUGAUAAAGAAAAAAAUUCCAGAAAUGUAGAAAAGCCAGCAAAUAAUGAACUCAGCACUGAAUUUCAGACAAAUAGUAUUGAGGACCAUAAUAUUGAUGAGCAGCUGUCAGAAACUACAGAUGACGAUGAAAGCAGCAAUGAAAAUAGUGAAAAUGAAGAUAGAAAAAUAAAUGCACCAAUAGAGUUGCUGGGAGAGUUCCUGAAAGCAAUUAUGGAUCAAGACUACAGUCUCUCAAAAAAACUUUGUCAGAUGAUUCUAAUCUAUGAACCAGAAAAUACUGAGGCCAAGCAGUUUCUUCCACUUCUUGAAGAAAAGUUGCUGAUGGAAAGUACACAGAAUUUUGGUGAUGAAGAGGGUGAAGAAACGGAUGAAGGAAGCAGUGAAGACAGUGAAGAGGAUACUAGCAGUUCAGAUAGCGGUGAUGAUGAAGGAGAAGAAAGUUCUGAUGAUUCUGAUGAAAACGUAUAG